AAUAUGUCUCACAAACAGAGAAUAUCUAUCUCUCCCCUAUCUCUCCAACUCUGUGAUAAGUGAGGGAAAAAAGGACAGAUAAAAGAAAGAGAUAAGUAAUGUGCAACUAGGUGAGAUGCCUUCGUCAAGGCCCACCCACUUUCGUUGUAGGUGACCAAUCAAAUGGCAGGUACCUUAGGUUACCUUCUGCACUCCGAAAGGUGGACGAACUGUGUGACAGAAGAAGAAGGUGAAGAAGAAGGUUAAGAAGAAGAAGAAGGUGACGAAGAAGAAUGUGAAGAAGAAGAAGGUGAAGAAGGUCAAGAAGAAUGUGAAGAAGAAGGUGGUGAAGAAGAAUAAGAAGAAAGAAGAAAGAAAUAGACAGAAAGUGAUAGCGAAAGAAAUUGGAACAAAAAAACAUAGAGAAAGACGGGCAGAGAAAAAGAGAGAGAGGGAGAAGAGCCAGUAAAAGGAUAGAGAGAGAGAGAGAGAGAGAGAGACUGACAGAGGGAAAGAGAGAGAGGGAGAAGAGCCAGUAAAAGGAUAGAGAGAGAGAGAGACUGACAGGGGAAAGAGAGAGAGGGAGAAGAGCCAGUAAAAGGAUAGAGAGAGAGAGAGACUGACAGGGGAAAGAGAGAGAGGGAGAAGAGCAAGUAAAAGGAUAGAGAGAGUGAGAGAGAGACUGACAGAGGGAAGAGAGAGGGAGAAGAGCCAGUAAAAGGAUAGAGAGAGAGAGAGAGAGAGAGCGACUGACAGAGGGAAAGAGAGAGAGGGAGAAGAGCCAGUAAAAGGAUAGAGAGAGAGAGAGAGAGAGAGAGAGCGACUGACAGAGGGAAAGAGAGAGAGGGAGAAGAGCCAGUAAAAGGAUAGAGAGAGAGAGAGAGAGAGCGACUGACAGAGGGAAAGAGAGAGAGGGAGAAGAGCCAGUAAAAGGAUAGAGAGAGAGAGAGACUGACAGAGGGAAAGAGAGAGAGGGAGAAGAGCCAGUAAAAGGAUAGAGAGAGAGAGAGAGAGAGAGCGACUGACAGAGGGAAAGAGAGAGAGGGAGAAGAGCCAGUAAAAGGAUAGAGAGAGAGAGAGAGAGAGAGCGACUGACAGAGGGAAAGAGAGAGAGGGAGAAGAGCCAGUAAAAGGAUAGAGAGAGAGAGAGACUGACAGAGGGAAAGAGAGAGAGGGAGAAGAGCCAGUAAAAGGAUAGAGAGAGAGAGAGACUGACAGAGGGAAAGAGAGGGAGAAGAGCCAGUAAAAGGAUAGAGAGAGAGAGAGAGACUGACAGAGGGAAAGAGAGAGAGGGAUGAAGUAUCCGUCUGUGUCAGUGAGUAACUCUCUGUUGGACAUGGAUGUAGCCAACUACAGUGAGGGACUGGACCCAACGUACAGCAGCCUGGGCUUCGAUCAUGCUGACGUCCUCUAUGGUGGGGGAGACAGUAUGCCAGCGGAGCCGGGCCUGUCCCAGGCAGAUGUUGGGAACUCUAACUGUGCCAUAUGUGGAGACAAGGCUACAGGGAAACACUAUGGAGCUUCCAGCUGUGAUGGAUGUAAAGGGUUCUUCAGGCGCUCCAUACGCAAGAACCACAUCUACUCCUGCAGGUUUAACCGUCAGUGUGUGGUGGACAAGGACAAGAGGAACCAGUGUCGGUACUGCAGGCUCCACAAGUGUUUCAGAGCUGGCAUGAAGAAAGAAGCGGUUCAGAAUGAGAGAGAUCGAAUCAGCUCCAGAAGAAACAUUCAGGACAAUCAGGAUCUCCCACCUAUCACUGUUCUGGCCCAGGCAGAGUCACUGUCUCAACAGAUCAGUGUAUCCAGUCCCAGGGGUGCAGUAGAUGUGUCAGAACAGAAGUCAGCUGGUGUGGGUGAUGUCUGUGACUCCAUGAGACAACAGCUGCUAGUGCUGGUGGAAUGGGCCAAAUACAUCCCUGCCUUUGGUGAGCUGCCCUUGGAUGACCAGGUGAGUCUGCUCAGGGCUCAUGCAGGGGAACAACUUCUACUAGGGGUCGCCAAGAGGUCAAUGCCUUACAAGGACUUCCUGCUUCUUGGUAAUGGGUGUGUGAUCCAUGGUAGCAGUGCGGAGCCGGACAUCGGUCGUGUAGCUAACCGUGUUCUAGAUGAGCUGGUCCUGCCCUUCCAGGACAUCCAGAUAGAUGACCAUGAGUAUGCUGCUCUCAAGGCCAUUGUCUUCUUUGACCCCGAUGCCAAGUCUCUGCGUGACCCGUCUAAGAUCAAGGCGAUGCGUCUGCAGGUCCAGAUGAGUCUAGAGGACUAUAUUAACGACCGUCAGUAUGACUCCAGAGGGAGGUUUGGAGAGCUGCUGCUCCUGCUGCCUACUCUACAGUCCAUCACCUGGCAGUUGAUAGAACAACUGCAGUUUGUUAAACUCUGUGGCCUGGCCAAGAUAGACAACCUUCUGCACGAGAUGCUGCUGGGAGGUCUGGCGGCAGAGCCCGCCCACCUGCACCACCCAGGCCACACCCAGUUAGCCCAGGACCCUCUGACUGGACACACACUGGUCAUCAGCACUAUGCCUGCUACACACACUACUCAGAUAGACACUCCUAUCCCGUCUCCGCCUCAGGUUGCAGAGAAGUCCUCUCCUAGCCCCUCCCUCCUCCUGGCUCCACCCCUCCCACACAGACAUACCACCGAAUCCCCACUCUGAGUGUACAGCACCUGCCCCCACCACCAAAUAACCAAACAAACAAAACAUACUGUUUGUUCACUAAGAAUGCAGCCAAAAAAAUAGCAGAAAGCCUUUUCUAUGGUCCAAAUCCGAAUUUGAGAUCUACACCUGUAUAACUUGUAAAUGAAAAAACUUGAAUUUGGAUCUCAAGUUUGCAUUCUGCCCUAUGCUUGUAAAUGUGUAAAAUGUUCAAUGUUCCCUCCCCUAUUCAGUGCCAUAGGUUUUCACUCCAAUUCGGUAGUCUUUAUAGUUCGGUAGCAUCUUUAUAAAUCAUUAGAUUAUUCCUAAAGUCGGAGCCUCUCUUAUCGUGGUGUAAUUGUGAGUGUAUGUGAGCUUUCUGUAGGCUCAUCGUUGAAUAUGGAGCAAGAGAUUUGCUAAUCAGCAUGUACUUUACUUUAUAUACAGUAUGCGUUACUUAAAGUGCACUUAUUAGUAGUGGACUGUGUCUGGAACACAUGAUUGUCUGUUAAUAUUAAUGUUCACGUGUUGCCAUGUUGCUUGUGGUGUGGUGCUUUACAAAUACACAAACUGGAGUAUACUGUAUUUGUCAAUAAUAUAAUUAACCGUACAUUUAGUUCCUAAUCAACUUUUCAGUGUCUUUCAGUCUUUUGAGAUUACUGUUAUAAUAUGAAAUUAUAUGAAAAUGUUCACAUUUUGUGUAAAUUCAAUUGUUUGUAUGUCAGAACUAUCAUAUUGACCUUCUAAACUGUCAAAUAGUGUAUACAAAUUAGACAAUGUAAGCUAUAUUUUGUAACUGUAUAUUCUGAUAAAAACAGAACACUAUUUUCAAUUAAUUAUAACCUAAGCUAUACGUUG